AUGGAAACAAGCAGCAAGCACGUCGUUUUUGACGUGGUCGGUACUUGUGUAUCCUUUGACGCUUUCUACGAGUGCAUCGAUGCUGCCAUCGGAAACAAGCUACGCCAGCAUACCAUUACCCCGAAGCACUUUGGCUUCACGUGGCAGACAGCCGCAGAGUUGGAGUUCACGUUCCUGUCCAUCUCGGAGCGAUACAAGCAGUACAAUGACGUUCUGCGGUCCAUGUUUUAUCGCUCGCUCUGGCUCGCCGGAAUCUCGGAUCCGCGGGCUUUUGCCACGGACGACGAACGCGAGCGCUGUAUCAGAGGCUACUCGAGUUUGCCGCUUCGUUCUGGUUGUUCCGAAUGCUUCCAGAAAUUGAGAGAAGCCGGAUUUACCGUCUGGUGCUUCACCACAGGCGACAUCAAAAGGGUGAGGGGUUACUUCGAGCGAGCAGACGUGGAGAUGCCAUUGGAGAAUUUCCUCACUUGUGAUACGAAAGGUGUGGCGAAACCAGCGCUAGCAGCGUACAAGUCGGUACUAGAGCAGCUUGCGAAAGGAGAUGAGAAGUGGUUUGCCGCUGCUCACAUGUGGGACGUGUCAGCAGCUGUGAGGGCAGGAUUCACGGGCGCUUAUUGCACCGUCUACGAAAAGGAAGCAUGCUUAGAGAUUUUUGACGAGGAGAUGAAAGUCAUGGCGGAUUCCCUGCCGGAGAUGGCAGAAGGCAUUAUCCAGGCCUCGAGAGGUUGA